AUGGAAGAAAUAUUCGAUGAUCCGGUGUUCAGCCGGUUAAAAGAGGAGGUGCCUAAGUUCAGACAUAAGGUGGUCGUGGUGCCGGCAGACUGUGAGGCCGCGGGACUCGGUCUCACACUGACAGACAGACAAAUGCUUACUGAAAAGGUGAACAUAAUAUUCCACUCGGCGGCUACGGUGAAGUUCGACGAGCACCUCCGAGCAGCACUAGUGACUAACGUCAUGGCUCCACUACAUCUACUCCGGCUGGCUAGAGACCUGAAGAAGUUAGAUGUACUAAUGCACAUAUCGACAGCGUACUCCAACUCUCAUCUACCGCUAAUUGAAGAGAGGUUCUACCCUUGUGAAGCUGAUUGCGAGCAACUACACCAGGUGGUUGACAAGCUGACGGACGAUCAGCUGAAUAACAUGUUGCCUAAGAUACUAGGACCAUGGCCAAACACGUAUACCUUUACAAAAGCGUUAGCGGAGAAGGAGCUACGGGCGAGUGCGGGAGGCAUGCCUAUAGGUAUAUUUAGACCGGCUAUAGUUAUAUCUACAGCUAAGGAGCCGCUGAAAGGCUGGUUAGACAACAUGUACGGACCCACCGGAGUUGCUGUUGGUAGUGCCACUGGCAUCUUAAGGACGGUGCAGUGUGACGAGAUGGUGUCAGCAGACAUCGUGCCUGUGGACUCAGUAGUCAACUGCCUCAUGGUAGCAGCGUGCAGUGUACAUAAUGCUUAUAAAACAAGUUCUCCACCACUAGAACCUCCGAUCUUCAACUAUGUAAGCUCAGUGGAGAACAGGAUCACUUGGGGCGACUUCUUGUCCAAGAAUAUGGCCUGGAUCCACCACUACCCAUUCACUGAUGCUGUUUGGUUCAUAUCAGUAAGGCUAACGAAAUCGGCUGCAAUAAAUAAAAUGUACAUGUUCUUCUUGCACCUGGUACCGGCUACACUGGUCGACGGGCUAGCUGUCUGCUUAGGGAGAAAGCCAAAGAUGCUAAAAGUAUACCGUAAGAUACACAAGUUUUCAUCAGUCCUAUCAUAUUUCUGUACGCGAGAAAUCAAAUUCUGCAACAGCCGGACGAGAGAACUUUGGGAGAAGACUUCUGAAGCCGAUAAGAAGAUAUAUCCAUUCAGCAUGACCGAAUUGAACUGGGAGGAGUACUUCCGAGACUACCUCGCCGGCAUCAGGAGGUAUUUGUUCAAGGAGAGCGACGACACACUACCUCAAGCCAGGAUUAAGUGGAAAAGACUAUACUAUCUACACCAGAUAACAAGGUUCAUUUUCUUCAUCCUGGCAGUCUACGCGCUGUGGUGGUUCUUAUCAUUAUUGUGGUGA